AUGUCCAACCUCAAGCCGUUCAUCCGCGUGGCCGUCACUGGCGCUGCGGGACAAAUCUGCUACUCGCUCCUCGCCAACAUCUGCAAGGGCGAGAUGUUUGGUGCCGACCAGCCUGUCGUCCUGCAUCUUCUGGACAUCACGCCUGCCCUCGGCGCUCUCCGCGGGGUGACACUCGAGCUGGAGGACUGCUCCUUCCCGCUGCUGGUCGACUUUGUGGUGACCGACAAGCCUGCCGAGGCCUUUGCCGAUGUCGACGUCGCCAUUCUUGUCGGCGCCAUGCCCCGCCGCGAGGGCAUGGUCCGCGCCGAUCUGCUCAAGGCCAACGCCGGGAUCUUCAAGGCCCAGGGUGCCGCCCUUGCCGCACACGCCAAGCCCUCGGUCCGUGUGCUAGUGGUGGGCAACCCGGCGAACACCAACGCGCUCAUUGCCCUCACUACCGGCUCGUCGCUCCCCAAGUCGGCCUUUACUGCCCUCACCUUCCUCGACCACAACCGCCUCAAGGCGCAGGUCGCCUGCAAGCUCGGCGUCGCUGUUGCUGACGUCCGCAACACCUUUAUUUGGGGCAACCAUUCCAAGACCCAGUACCCGGACGUCUCGCACGGCACUGUCACCAACGCUGAUGGCUCGUUGUCGCGCGUCAUGGAUCUCGCCGAGUCGGCCUGGGCCCGCGACGAGCUCGUCACCACCGUCCAGACCCGCGGCGCCGCCGUCAUCAAGGCCCGCAAGCUCUCGUCCGCCAUGUCGGCCGCUAAGGCCAUCACCGACCACAUGCGCACUUGGUGGUUCGGGACCGAGCCCGACGACAUCGUCUCCAUGGCCAUCUAUUCGGACGGCACCCACUACGGCGUUGCCGAAGGUAUUAUCUUCUCCUUCCCCGUCACCAUCGACGCGGCCACUGGCGACAUUAAUGUCGUCGAUGGCCUCGACAUCGACGCCUUCUCGCAGAGCAUGCUCGACAAGACCCAGGCCGAGCUGAUCGACGAGCGCGAAGCCGCCCUUGCCUUCCUCGCCGAGUCGAACCUCUAA